AUGGUGUCCCCAAUAAGAAUUCUUCUAAUCGGCUUACUGCUUCUCAUUGAAGCCGGUUAUAGUAAACCGUUGAUGGAGUUAUUCGAAAACAUGAUGAAGAAGAACACUGAGAUCAAAAGUCAUCGACUAAUGCAGUUCAUCUCCAAGGCUGUGCCAUACGGUAUUGAACCACCGAACCCAAAAAUUGCUGAGUAUGAAACAUUCAAAUCGGAUAAGUCAGCGAAUUUCCUACAUGACGGGAAAGGAAACGUUGUCUUCAGAGAAUUUCGUCGGUUACGACUAGCCGAUAUAGUUAGAAGGCCUAACGAAGUAGCCGUUGCCAAAGAGAUAAUUCCAUUAGACCCAUAUCGUCUUGCAGAUUUGGAAACGCUCUUUCAAGGUUAG